UGUCAGCCUCUGAGACCAACCAGACCACAGAUUUUGGUUUUUGUAAAUUAGAGAAAAGCGAAAGCAUUCUAAAGAAGAAACCCGUAUAGUCCAUUAUUAGAAAUGGCAUCAGGCCUCGAAAACUACGUAAACCAAACAGUGUCUGUUAUUACAUCCGAUGGACGUAAUUUCAUCGGCACGCUGAAGGGGUUUGACCAAACAAUAAACAUUAUAUUAGACGAGUCGCAUGAAAGAGUAUUUUCUUCGUCUACUGGAGUGGCGCAGGUGGUGCUGGGACUGCAUAUCAUCAGAGGUGACAAUGUCGCAAUCGUGGGACAGAUAGACGAAUCUAUUGAUAGCAGAUUGGACCUUGGAAAUAUUAAAGCUGAGCCUUUAGGUGUGAUAGCGCAUUAACAUUUAUUAAAUAUUUUUAAAUUUA